CUUCUUUUCCUGUAGUUCCGUCGGUGACCAGCUGUUUUGUGCCGUCGUUCCCUUUUUCCUUUGGCUGCCUGACCGGCCACCCGAAAGAUGUUCCGAAUUGGAUUAAAAUUUCCGUGCAACGGUUUAAAUAGGGUACGUAAAAUAAAAAAACAGGGACCCUCCAAACUCUAUUUGACAACCAGGUGUUACGAGACACGUGCACGAGUUAAAUGCGAACCGGAAUGGGGGAUUUUCAAGGAUGUCAAACUUACGUCCAGUUAUUCUGGACAUAGGUAUUCAACCGAUUCGUCAAAGAGCGAGAAGAGUCGAGGAGGUAGCAGGGCAUUGUUAACUUUGACUGCUGUGGCAAUAGGCGCUUCGGGAAUAUUACUUUAUGCAAAAAACAAUCCAGAAUUCCGUGCAGCUCUGGAAGGAUGGGUACCUGGCACGGACAAAUCGAUUCAGAUCAUCUUUCAGGAGGAGUCAUCUUAUUUCGAGUUCAUACGUACAUUCUUCGAAACACUCAAACAACAAAUAAUAAGUGCCAUCUUUGGGGACGAGUCAGAAAAAAAGUCAGCGCCAAAACCAGCAUUCGUACCACUGGUUGAUAAGAAGGAACCGCCUAUUAACGAACCGUAUUCUGAAAUCAGAUUAAGUAAAGAGAAAGGAAAACAGAUCGAAGUCGUUGCCGAAAAACCAGCACCACCAGUUAAGGAUGUACCCAAGGAAUUGAUGCCCGAAAGUCUGGUCGAAUUAGAAACAUCAUGCGGUCAGACCGCAUCCAAGGCGAUCGCAGCUUAUCAGAAAGCAGCUUGUGCUAUCCAAGAUUACAAGCAAGACGUAAUGAAAGUCGUGGAUAACGUUGAUAGUACCAGUAACGUCGUAUGGAACAGAUUAAAGGAGGCAACGGAGAAGAGGAAACAAGCGGUUCAGCAAGCAGAAGGGCAUGCUACCGAAGCAUCGGAGUUGCUCAAGAAAAUGUUCUCCCUAAUCGAUGAUCCUAAAUUCGAUGCGCCGUCGCAUAUGAAAACAGCUGCUAGAAGGAAUAUCAAGAAAAUUUUGGAUGACGUUGACGAAGCUAAAAAGAAAUACCAGAUGGAGAUACAAGCAGGCAACGUCGCGGAGCGCUAUUGGAAUCAAGUAAAAACCGCUCGCGAGAACCUCAACGAGGAGUUGCGAAUACUAUUCCCGAAUAUGAACAUUCACGAGAAGAAAUUAUCCAUCGACGAGGAAUCAUUCGACCUGUUCGUGCUUCACAUGUACAAUAAAGUGAGCUACCUUCAAAAGGAGAUGGAAAAACUGAGGACGAUCGAGGAGAACAAACUGAAGGCAGCGUUACGAUCGUCCGGUGACAUGGCGAGCCAGGAAAAAUUAGACGCGCUGGUGUGUAUGGAGCUGGAUAAGGAGAAGAUGUUCCUCGAGGAGGAGUUCAACAAAAAGUUGUUAGUGGAGCAGAAGAGAUUCGAGGACGAGAUGCGACGGCAGCUGAAGCUGCAAGAACAGGUGCACACCGACCACCUUCGAGAGUCGCUCUCGGUGAAGGAGCAAGAAGCUCAGAGAAAGCUGGAACAAGCACUCAGCGAGCAAGCAGAGGCCGAUUCCUUGAAGCACAAGGAGCAGCUCGCCGUGGUCGUCGGCAGGUUGCGUGGCCUCGAAGCGGCCCUCAAGGCUCGUACGGAGGAAGAAAGGGGAGCAUCGAAUGCCCAGAUUCUGUGGUCAGCCUGCCAAGCUCUAGCUCGAGCUGUCAAGUCUGCGUCUCCUGGCGCGAGCUUGAAUAAGGCCAUAAGGCCCCUGGAACCGGAAAUCAAGGCAGUCACCAAGGCAGCACCCAAGGAAGAUCCUCUGGUGCUUGCAGCCAUUCGAGGCAUUCCUGAGGAGGCUGCUAAGAGAGGAGUUUUCCCCGAGGACGUUCUUCGCGCGAGGUUCCUCAAGGUGGAAGAAGUGGCGAAACGAUUGGCUUUGGUUCCUGAGCAGGGAGCAGCCUUGCCUGUCUACUUCCUUAGCUAUCUUCAAAACUUUCUGAUGAUCAAAAGCGCCACUAGCAUUCCUCAGAGCGAGCUCGAGGACAAGCCUAUCGACACCCAGUGCCUCAACACGUACGACAUACUUCAUCGAGCCAGGUACUGGCUGGACCGCGGCGACUUCAAGAUGACCCUUCGGUACAUGAAUCUCCUCAAGGGGGCGUCCAGGACGAUCGCCAACGACUGGAUGAAUGAGACGAGAAUCCUCUUAGAGACCCAGCAGGCUGUAGAGACUUUGUUAGCGUACGCCGGCGCGAUCGGUCUCGUGUUCCUCGGUGCUGGAGACUCGAAGCCGGAGCAGAAGUAAAACUCGGCCCGAAAAUGCUGUCCAUCGAGAUCACGGAAGGCAACGCACUCAAAAGCACCGAGGGGGACACGGAACAGACACACAGACGCCCACGAACACACCGCCGACGAGGAGGAGGGGAGAAACGUGAACGAAAAAAAAAAAAACGCGGAAACAGCCCUUGCGCAAUGGACAAUAUUUCCUCCUGGUAGACAAAGAUAAAAGAGAUAGAGAACGAAAAAAGCAGCAGCAACCUGGAAGACGAACGAUUGAAGUUCGAGCCCUUCUUCAGCAGCCGAUUUCGAUCCUCGAUGUUCUCGAACGCGCUUGUGUGUGAACUUCGAGAGGCAGUCGAGUCCAGAUGACAGAUGGAGAGAAGGAGAGAGUUACGGCGGCAAAAUAUAGGCUGCGGGGUGAUUCGUGAAAAAUUCUUGAACGGGGCGGAAUCUUGGAGGCGAUAUACGUCGAAAGUGCGGGAUGACGUUUUUCCUUCGGGGUCUUCGUUUUCGAGGGAAGCCAGUUGGAAGAUCGGUCCAGUAGAGGUCGGUGGUUCUCAACGAGAAGUAUUUUUCCCAUAGAUCUCGAGUCUGUCAAAUUCUGUUUGCAAAUGUGCGAUUCUAGUCGUUAGAAGUUUGCAUCUUACUCUUUGGUUCGCGUUAAUGGCAAAAGGACUGUCGACGAUAUAUUUGCCAUUAGUCGAAGUCGAUUUGAGUAUUCGAAUCCCUAGUAUUGUAUCUGUGUUCAAUUACCAACAAAGUGUUCGGUUACGUUGGCCCGUAGCGCUGUUGACUGAGAAUCACUGUCGAAAAUGCGCUAGAACGCAUUUUCAAAGUCUACUUUAUCGAAAACGAAGACUCGUAUUGGUUCGUUAAAGUUCAGCUGAGAUUGCACGGAGUGGGAAUAAUCGAAACAAAUGUUGCUUUGAUUGUUGAGAGAACAUCGACGAUCGCAACGAUCAACAAGAAUUUUCUCGCUGUCUCUGGCGAAUGCCUUCAACCCUUAUUGCUGCAACAAAUUUCAACGUUCGAUUCUACCUUAGUUCAUUCAGCCUUGCAUUCUUCGAACUUAAUCCGUGAGCGAGCAUCGGCACCUGGGACCCACGCGUGGCCCCGUUUAAGCUGGGAGACACUUUGAAAAAAAAAAGUUCACGAGCUUGGCGAAUCCUAAGGAAUAGCCGCAUCCAUUCGGAUCGUGGACGUCUCCUAUUACUAUCCUCGACUCGUAUAGUAUCUUCGCAGAGGAUAUAAUUUGCAGAGAGUGUCUCGGUUUCGCGCGGAGAUUUCGACAGAGACAUCGACGAAAACAAACCACGACGAAUGUUCCGCGAAAGCUGUAAAUUUUGUACCCUUCGUCGCGAUCGCUGGCCCCCCUAAUUUUCGAGGCGAUCCAAACAAAACAAAAAAAGUCGUCUUUCUAUUUUAUGUCUGUUCUAUCGGUCCGAAGCGAGUUGUCGUUGCUUUUGGAUCGUCUGGAUCGUUCGUGACGAACGUGGCGUCGGGAGACGGGCGACUAUCGGCUCGUUUACGGAGUCGACCACGCCUGUGGUCCGCUAGCAAACAAUAGAGAAAUGAAGAAAUAAACGUUUCAUCGAUGCCGUCUGAACGGAGCUGCAAGUUAUUUCCUACCGAUAAACGAUGGAGGGCCUCGAGUCAUACUAUCACAUUCGUAGGAAUAAGUUUUAUUCCAAGUUUCGAGGAGCCGAUCUUUAUUUAUCGAUAGCACGGUGUCCUAUAUAAGGGCGACGGACUGUGGAAUCGGUUAAUGGAAAUGUAUCAGAGUUUAAAAUCGCUUCGAGGCCCUCUACAGCCUGUUUCAAUUAGGAAGAAAAUCAUAGGACCACACAGUGUCCGCGACAGGGGCGUAUUGGAUAGGGUAAUGAUUAUUUACACAUGUUGCUAUUUAGUAUUGUACCGCGUCACGGUUAUGUGCUUUGUUAAUGAGGGACAAUAUACAAAAAUAUCAAAAAAACAAUAAUAAAUACAAAAAUGUAAGUCCUGGGGUAAGGAGAAUCUGACGCUACCAUUCACUUGGUCAGAGAUCUCGCCAAGUCUGGCACGACUUACAAUCUGUUCUAAAA